CUUCUGCGCGAAGCAACACUGGAGCUUGUUGAAGCUGACGCACGAGAUUUGUGACGUCAUAAGGACUUUCUCUUGUGACGUCAUAGUACCCUGGGUUGGCCUCAAGAGCAAUGCCUCUUGCAAUGAUCUGGUCAAAGCAAAUGCAAGAUCCGGAUCCUUUGGAGGAUUCGGACACCGACAGCGUAGAAGAGGUUCAGAUAACCCGCUACCUCAACCAAGGCCUUCUGCAGGGCCUCCAGCAGGCUAAGGCAUGCAGUGAUGUCAAGCUGGGCAUCAAACGUCAGACCGGGCACUACCAUCUGAAGGAUCGCACGCAUGCUGUGAUCACACCAAAGAUUGUUGCUUACGGAGGCAAGCAUUGGGAUAUCACUGUCUCAAACAAACUUCAUAGGGCCACGCCCCGCUUAACUGCUUAUGCCAUUGAGCGGGAGAUCGCUCAAGAACAACUUAAGCAAGUCAAAUCAGAAGAGGCUCGACAAAAAGCAGCGUCCGGUGUCCUGCAAGGACUAAACGCCGAAUUCCAGGAUAGGAUUAAUCGGAGCCUGGCAUUAGAACAGGAGAUACUGGAAAAGAUGAAGAACGAUCUUGCCGUUGUAAAGGACGAUGCCCUCUGUGAGCUGACGAGGAAACAUAACAUUAAGCAUUUCGAUGAGGAAAUAGAAAUAGAGCGGGAGAGACAGGUCGCCAUGGUUGAGAUUUUUAAUGGCUGCAUGAAGUCCCCUCAUAUGUCUCGCAGCGUAGAGAACAUGUUGGGUGGAAUUGCUGAUUCCAAUCACCGUAGGAGCAUCGUCCAUCAAGAUCUUAUGGAGGCCUUUGCUCGUUAUACCGAGGAGGAGCUCGAGGCAGAUAGCGAAUAUAAAGGCGCCAUGAUGGAGAUGAUGGAUGAAUCCUUGAUUACUCUACAGCAGAUGUUUAAUAAGAAUAACACCAAGAGACUGGAAGAGGAUGAACGAAGGCGGAGAUUAGCGGACUUGAAGAAACAAAGCAAAGAUCCCAACUUCCGUUCGCAGAAGAGCCAUUUUGAUAGCGUCAUGGGCGAUCUCAACCAUGCAUUCGAUAUGCUGAAACAACAGGAGAUGGCAGAGAGCUCGCACCUCCAGAGCCUCAUGUCGGACAGGAAGGAGUCUGUUCUUCAGGAACUGAGACGCCGCUGUGCGGCUCGUUGGGCGGAGAAGAUGUCGGCCAAGGAGAAGGCGCGGCGGAUCCAAGAGGAGGACAGCCUCUUACGCCAGAAAGACCCACAACGGGACUACAUGCUGAAAGUCGUGGCAAGGGUUCAGAGGCAGAUGAUCCUCCAGAAGUUUGCUGGCCGCUGGAUCAACCUGUCUGUUGCGCGCAAGGAUGAGGAAGAGAUGGUGGACCUGGAGGGGCUCGAGAACAACCAUAAUCAGAAGUUGAAAGUUACCAGAAUGAAAGCGCGUCGUCCAUCUUGUGUUGUGAGCGGCAAUGGUGAUUUCUCUUAAAGCAUCCCAUGUUAAUUCUCAGCGAAGCCCUUGUUGUAAAAUCAGAAGCUUGUUCUUUAUUGGACUUUCAUGCUAGACACUUUUGUUAACGCCAUUCAUUUGUCCUGAUUGUUAAACAUUGUGACCAUAGCUCUUAUCUAACUACACAAACCUAUUAUUGUUUAAGCAUAUUACCUUCUGAAUUCAAGAACAUUUAAUUUGGGAUUUUAUUUAGUCCUUAAUCACACACAACUCUUGCUUUUGUCUUCAACGCUCGUGAUGCAUUACUUCUGUGUUAAAUAAAUGUUUAUUAUGUUCA